AUGGGCACAUUCAUGACCCGGACACUAUUGCCUCUUCUUCACCUGCCUUUGGGACGCCUAUACAACCCAUUCCACAACCCAAGCCACAAGAACCUCCCCAAGCCCUCCACCUUGCCUAUCUCUCUCCCACCAGCCACACUGAGACCGUUGGCCUUUCGUGUUUUUACGAAGAAACACAAUCUCAACCUCACUUCAACCGCAUUACAGCUACUAGCUACGUUCAUUGGGAAGCAAUGCGGUUCUGCAUGGCGCGAAGCAGGUCUUGCGGAAAGACUACUAGACGACGCUGCAAAGCAAUGGAAACUGAAUGGUGGAGGAGUCCUGGUCCCUGGAGAAGGUUCUGAACUCAACGGCAUACUCAACGGCAUUCAGUCUGCAGCUGGGAAACUGCCCAAUAAUUUGAGCCGGCGAGGAUUUCCAGCGUCCAGGAUGAGCGCAUCACUAGAAGAUUUAUCUUCUACCGCCACGAACCUCCCAAAGAGAGAACACCUCGAGAAUAUGAGUGAGAGCACGACAUCAGGCGACCGAAACGAGGAACCCUCUAAUGAAGCGAGCGAUCCACGGCGAUGGCUCAAGGUGAUUAAUGCAUUCGAGCAGCCAAGGCUUUCAUAUAAUCCAGAAAAAAAACACUUUGAGCAUUGUCUUACAAGCCCAUCAGUCAUGUCAGGGCCAGGUCGAAAGACAGACAUGGCACGUCAGAGGUAUCAUUUGGUCCACCAGCGACUUAUGCGCAACGAAUCAUUCCAGACCUCUGCAAUUUUACUGGCAAGACAGAAGCUUUCCCAGCUCUCACGCUCCACAUCUGCUUUGCGUCAGCAAACUUACAAGCUUACACCAAUUGCUAACCUCCUAGGUCGAGGAGGCAGUAACCAUCUGCUCAUGGGGAUGCUUUCUCGGUCGCCUUCAGGACAUCUGACCAUCAAUGAUCCGACAGGAAGCAUCGUUCUCGACCUACAUCACGCUCGUCCUUCUCCAGAAGAUGGGGUCUGGUUUGCGCCUGGCAUGCUUGUAAUCGUCGACGGCCAAUAUGAGGACCAAGAGACCAAAUCUGGGUCUGGCCUUGAUGGUAACAAUGGCGUUGGGGGAAAUGUGAGCGGCGUUUUUGUCGCAUUUGGUAUGACUGGACCACCAUGUGAGCGACGAGAGAUAACAGUUGGUCACGGCAAUCGUGAUUUGACCAAUAAUGAGAGAGCUGGGGCAGGAUUCGGCUGGGUCGACUUCCUAGGCGUAGGGAGUGAACGGGCGGUUGGUAAUUCCAUGCGCGCUAUUGAGAAGCAAGUAUUUAGGAAGAGGACCCCAGACUCAACGGGCGAAGGCAGGGCGAGAAUUAUCAUACUGGGUGAAGUCAAUCUGGACAAGGCAAAGACACUUCAGGCCCUCAGAAAGGUUCUUGCGAUAUAUGCGGCAGAUUCAGCGGAGAACACGCCAAUGGCGGUCGUGCUGAUAGGUAAUUUCGUUCGUUAUGCCGCAAUGGCCGGAGGAGGUAGCGGAGGUAGCAUCGAAUAUAAGGAAUACUUUGAUUCACUAGCCUCUGCUCUUUCAGAUUUUCCGAGCAUGCUGCACAACACAACUUUCAUUUUUGUGCCAGGCGAUCACGACCCUUGGCCGUCAGCGUUUUCUUCGGGAGCAGUAACCGUCCUGCCACGGGAAUCAGUACCAGAGCUUUUCACGUCACGAAUACGGAGGGCAUUUGCGACUGCAAACACCGAGAACGAGAGACUGACAGGGGUUAAGGCAGACGGAGAGGCUAUAUGGUCCACGAAUCCAACGAGGAUAACUUUAUUUGGAUCAGUGCACGAGAUUGUUGUGUUUCGGGAUGACAUUUCUGGUCGACUUCGCCGCCACGCCGUCCGCUUCAAUCAAACAGACUGCGAUGGCUUGAAUGAUCAUGAGAGCGAGACCGGCGAAAACGACCAAAGCUUAGACAAGCAGUCCGCAAUGCUUCACAACGAUAUCGCUGAAAAUGAAAACGUCCUCAACCUGGCCGCAGUUGAGGCUUCCAGGAGCAAGAAUGCAGAGCUGGGUCACACAAAAGUCCCAUCACACACGCAAACUUCUCGUAAGCUUGUGAAAACACUCGUUGAUCAGGGCCAUCUGUCGCCUUUCCCCGUAUCACAGCGGCCAAUUAUGUGGGAUCAUGCACACGCUUUAAAUCUGUAUCCUCUGCCUACAGCCCUAGUCAUAAUGGACGCUGAAGCUCCCGCAUUUGCGAUAGGAUUAGACGGUUGCCAUGUUAUGAACCCUGGAUGUCUGAUUAUGUCAGGCAAAAGGGGUGUUGCGCAGUGGAUGGAGUAUAAUGUGAAGACUCGGCGUGGAAAGGUUAGAGAAAGUCACUUCUGA